AUGGGUGAUUUUUUGGAUCCUGAUUUGAUCAGUGACCUUCCUCAAAGCAUUGUAGAGACAAUUCUCAUACAACUUCCGAUAAGAGAUGCUGUCAGAACUAGCAUUUUGUCGAGAAAAUGGAGGUACAAAUGGUCUACCAUUACUCAGCUCGUGUUCGACGAAAAAUGUUACCCUACUUGUCACGACCGGGAGCUUGUUCAGAAAAGUGUUGUUGAGUUUAUCACCAGAUUGUUGUUUCUUCAUCAAGGGCCAAUUCAUAAGUUUCAAAUUGUCAAUACAAGUUUGCAGAGCUGCCCUGCGAUAAAUCAGUGGAUUCUUUUUCUUUCCAGAAAUGAUAUUAAGGAUUUGAAUCUUGAAUUAGGAGAAGGAGAAUUCUUUAGGAUGCCUUCCUGUUUUUUCAAUUGUGAGAAAUUGACUCGAUUGGAGCUCUCGCGCUGUGAGUUGUAUCCGCCGGCUAGUUUUAAGGGAUUUUUGUGUUUGAAGAGCCUCAAUCUUCAUCAGGUUUUGAUAUCACCUGAAGCAAUUGAGAGCCUCAUUUCAAGUUGCCCUCUCUUGGAGAGUUUAUCACUCUCGUACUUUGAUUGCUUAGCUCUUACCGUCUGUGCUCCAAACCUCAAGUACUUGUGUCUUGAAGGAGAAUUCACGGAAAUUUGUCUUGUAAAUACUCCUCUCUUGGUUGAAUUGUCCGUUGCUAUGUAUAUGACUGACGAUGUUGCCGAGCACAUGGAGCAUAGCUCAACUUGCAAUUUUGUCAAGUUUCUUGGCGGUGUGCCUAAUCUUGAGAGACUUGUUGGUCUAAUUGACUUCACAAAGUAUUUGAGCAUAGGAAACGACUUGGGGCAUCCUGCUAUAAUGUACAACAAUUUGGAAACUAUUGAAAUGUAUCAAGUAAGUUUUGAGGAUAUGAAAGAGAUACUUGUCAUCCUUCGCUUGAUUACAAGUUCUCCUAAUCUUAAGGAACUUCACAUUUCCGGUUCAUCAAACAUAUCAGCUGGAACAUAUGUUGCUGGUAUGGAAUUUUGGGAAAAAGAAUGUCCUUCAGAUUCUGUACUUAGUCAGCUUAAACUUGUGAAGUUGACCGAAAUGAGUGGUGUGCCACAUGAGAUCGAAUUUAUCAAAUUUUUACUUGGCUGUUCACCUGUGUUGGAGACAAUGAGUAUCAUCCCUUCUAUGUAUGAUUUGGAAUGUCAAUUGAAAAUGUUGGUUGAAUUGAUGAAGUUUCGAAGAGCUUCUACUAAAGCAGAAGUUUAUUUCAUCCGGGGAGAUUAA